UCUCCGUCGAAGCAGUGAGAGCAUGUUCUGAAAAAUACAGUGGCUGUGUUUUAUUUCUGGGUGCAUCAGGACUUAUUUGAACAUACGACGUAUUCGUCUGGUAACCAGACAUUGCUGAUUUGGUAAAUAUUUCCGAAUUAAAUAAUAAAUUCCCUCCUGCAGCAAUGGCGACUGCAACCAGCAGCGCAGUGUAUCUUGUUUCCCUGCUCAUCGUGUCGAGCCUUGUUUCAGGACAAAUUCGCUACUCGAUUCCAGAGGAACUGGAUCAAUUUGCCUUUGUUGGGAAUAUCGCUGAGGAUUUAAAACUUGUGGUUUGGGAAUUAUCGGCACGAACGUUCCGGCUGAUUUCCGAUGAAACGAAGCAGUAUCUGGGUCUAAACCUGGAAAAUGGGAUUUUAUUUAUUCAUGAAAGAAUCGACAGGGAGCAGCUUUGUGGCCAACGCUCCAUCUGCUCCCUUUUGUAUAAAAUAUCGCUCGAUAAUCCUCUGGAAAUGCAUCGCCUUACAGUGGAAAUAAUUGACGUGAAUGACAAUUCACCUGGCUUUUCCAAAGACGAAUUUUCUUUACGAAUAUUUGAGUUAAUUCCACCAGGAACACGAUUCCCACUUGAGAGCGCGCACGAUCCGGACGUGGGCACAAAUACGGUCAGCACUUACCAGAUUAGUCCGAAUGAAUACUUCGAUAUCAAAGUGCAGAAAAGAAGCGAUGGAGAUAUAAUAGCUGAAUUGUUAUUAGAGAAAUCCCUGGACCGUGAGAAACAGUCCACUAUUCAUUUUAUACUAACGGCCAUUGAUGGUGGGAUUCCCCAGAGAACUGGCACUGCUCAGUUCAUCGUCAUUGUUGCAGAUGUGAAUGACAAUGCACCUGCAUUUGACCAUGAAUUAUACAGAGCUAAUUUACGAGAAAACUCCCCCAAAGGUACGUUAGUGACACAAGUUAGUGCUGUUGAUUUAGACGAAGGUACAAACGGUGAACUAGUGUAUUCCUUCACGAGUCACACAUCGCAAGCAACUCGAGAAUUGUUCAGCUUAGAUCCGGAGAGUGGAGUGAUUAGAGUUAAAGGAAUACUAGAUUUUGAACAGUCGCAUAUUUAUGAGCUAGGAGUAGAGGUUAUGGAUAGAGGUCCGUAUGCACUUGUGGGGCAUACUAAAAUUAUGGUUCGAUUAAUUGAUGUCAACGAUAAUGUCCCCAAAAUAGAUGUGACGUCCGCAUCUAAUACGGUUCCUGAAGAUGCGCAAAUUGGAACGGUGUUAGCCGUAAUCAGUGUCAGCGAUCCGGAUUCUGGUGAAAAUGGGAAUGUGCACUGUAAAAUUGAUAGGAGUGUUCCAUUUAAGCUGCAACAGGUUUUAAGCAACAACUAUAAUUUGGUGACAAGUGAUACUUUGGAUCGAGAAACUGUCUCACUGUAUAACAUAUCCAUUUCCGCCUGGGACCGAGGUUUUCCGCCCCUUUCAGCACGUAGACACAUACUAAUCACUGUUUCAGACAUAAAUGACAAUGCACCCAGGUUUACACAAUCCUUAUACAAUGUGUUUUUGAUGGAGAACAACACACCUGGUGCUUCCAUAUUUGCUGUUACAGCUUUGGAUGCAGAUUUGGAUCAGAAUGGAGUAUUGUCGUAUUCCGUGAUGGAUAGUCAGAAACAAGAUGUAUCUUCUAUUACGAUUAACUCUAAGAGUGGAACCCUUUUCGCUGUGCGUUCUUUUGACUACGAAGAAGUGAAGAAAUUCCAGAUCAAAGUUCAAGCUCAAGAUGCUGGAUUCACCAAGCUGAGCAGCACUGCCAUUGUGAAUAUUAUCAUUUUGGACCAAAAUGACAAUGCACCGGUGAUUGUUUCACCUUUACUGUGGAAUAAUACAGCAUCAGUGGAGAUUGUGCGCCAGUCACUCUGUCCAGGAUACUUGGUCACGAAGAUAAUUGCAACUGAUGCCGAUUCUGGUCAGAAUAAGCGUCUUUCCUUCCAAACUUUGGAGGUUACUGAUCCGAGCCUAUUCGAUAUGGGGCUACACUCUGGUGAAAUCAAGAUCGUCAGAAAUUUUAAGAACGAAGACACCACCACUCAAAGGAUGAUCAUACUGGUCAAGGACAAUGGACAACCGAGCCUCGCUUGCACGGCUACGAUCUUUGUCUGGGUUUUGGCUAAUAUUACUGAAAAAAUGUCCGUAGAAUUGCACCAACCCAGAAAUUCUAGUCAGUUUUCUGAGCUGAAUAUUUAUUUAAUCAUCAUAUUUGGAUCAACUUCCUUUAUUUUUCUUGUCAUCAUAAUUUUGCUGCUUGUACUAAAAUGCAAACAAAACAGGAACGUAAGUGUUGACGAGACCAGGUGCUGUAUUCCCUGCAGAAAGAGGCAUUCGAGCGAUGGCUUUAAUCAGAGAGCUGUUCGGCAAGAAAUUUUAAAUUACAGUGGAGUUGCUCCAACGCUCCCUGUUUCAGGAACUUAUCACUACGCUGUCUGCUUAUCAUCAGAAUCUUCCAAAAGUGAUUUUUUAUACCUGAAACCAACCAUGCCACCAAAUAACGAGAAUUAUCGUGCUACCAGUGUAAGUAAAUGACAUACAUCACGGUACAAACAGGGAGAAGCUCUGGAAAUGUGUACAUCUUGCUUUGCUAACCUAACUUCUUCGUUCCAAAUGUGAUAACGCCCAGAAAUACUUGCGUAAUAACGAUGCAUGUUUGCUAUUUGUCUGUUUACUCAUUAUCCGCACAUUGUUUUGUUGAAUUUUUUCAUGGUUUUAAGCAUGAUCGACAGUAAAUUUCAAUCAGAGUGCUAA